UCUGUUCGGCACCCGCUAUUGACCAGUGGAAAAUGACAUUUUGAAUUGAAUUUCCCCUGAAACGACUUUCUCCUCUCGUCUGCUAUAUCAUUUUAGCAAUAUUUUUCUUCUUUCAUUACCCAAACUUCAAUUAUAUACUAAAGGAGAAACCCAGAUAGCAGAAAGAAGUACAAAACCAGAGAUGAACCUGAAACAAAUGGAAAAAAGCUUGCUCUCAUGGCGGCUGGCUUGUCUGAUGGUGGUGAUGAUGUUCCUUUCCAUGGCAAAGCCUGUGACAUCACAGACAUCUAGUGAUAGAAAUAGCACUCUGAUGAGAUAUUAUUGUAGUCAAUAUUUCGGUAUGAACGAAACCUAUUUCUACCAGAAUCUCAACACCACCCUUUCUAGCCUCCGCCGGCAGCUGUUGGUGAACCGUGUACGCUAUGCUCUUGCACGUACUUUGCUCAAUGGAGAGUCCGUUUGGGGCCUUGCUUCAUGCCGGGGAUAUGUCUCCAACACCAAUUGUGUUGCUUGUUUUGACUAUGCUGUCUCUCAGUUGAGAGUUUGUGGGCGUGGCAAUGGAGCUCAUGCUUUUUACAAUGACUGCGAUGUCAGGUACGAGAAUAAUAACUUCUAUGCGGAUGCCAACAUUCGGGCUGGUAUAGUAAUAUGUGGUAAUAUAACAUCGCCGCAGCAAACAGAGUUCAGAAAAACGGUAGAAGGAUUGAUAUCAGAUCUUCGAACAGCAACACCAAGAACAUCAGAUUUUUAUGCAGCUUCCACAAGGGCUUUACCUGAUCGUUCUGGAACAGUUUACGGAAUUGCUCAAUGCAAUCAAAACUUAAGCCAAAGUGUUUGUGAAGAUUGUUUGAAUUCAAGAUAUAGUUCUUUAGAUGAUUGUCUUCCCAACACUAAUGGUCGAGCUAUUGACAAUGGUUGUUUUAUGAGGUAUUCCAGCACUCCGUUUUUUGGGCAAAACCAGACAACUAAUAUCACACCUCUCCUUUGGGAUGGAAAUUCAAACAACAAGAGAUCCAUAAUUGGGGGAGUCGUUGGAGGUGUAUGCCUUCUUUUGCUUGUUCUUGCAUUUGUCUUAUGGCGUCUUAGAUCAAAAAAGACAAGUCGUAGCCAACAAGAUAAAUCAACUGGAUCAACUGAGUUGUUACAAGGUCCAGCAAGAUAUAGCUACAAUGAUUUAAAAGUAGCCACAGAAAACUUUAGUGACGAUUACAAAAUUGGAGGUGGGGUGUUUGGUGAAGUAUAUAAGGGCACUCUAAAAGAUGGGGAAACUGUUGCAAUUAAAAAAACAGUUAUGGCCUCCACUAGAGGAAAAAUACACUUUGAUGAUGAACUUAAGAUCAUUAGCAAUGUUCAUCAUCGGCAUCUUAUUCGACUUCUUGGAUAUUGUAGCAAAGGGCCUCUUUUAUUUCUUGUCCACGAGUUCAUGGACAAUGGUAGUCUUGAUCAAUUCCUUUAUGGUGACAAAUCAAGGAAUCUAAGUUGGAGACAGAGGUUUGAGAUUAUCUUUGGGACAGCAAGAGGUCUUGCAUAUCUACAUGAACAGUAUCAUGUUACAAUCAUUCAUAGGGAUAUAAAAACGAGCAACAUUCUCCUUGAUGAUGAACUACAGCCUAAAAUUGCAGAUUUUGGGUUGAUAAGGCUCCUACCAGAAGACAAGACUCAUCUUAGCACCAAACUGGCAGGGUCUUUGGAUAGUGGUUAUGUAGCACCAGAAUAUGCCAUUCAUGGGCAGUUGUCUGAGAAAGUGGAUACAUACAGCUUUGGUAUUGUGGUCCUUGAAAUCAUUAGUGGUAAAAGGUGUGACGAUGUCAUAGAUGAUAAAUCAGUUAAUCUAAGCCUCCUUGAUCAUGCUUGGAAUCUAUACGAGAAUGGAACACAUGUGAAUCUAAUUGACAACAGGCUAGAUGCUAGUGAAUAUGCAGCAGAAGAUGUAAUGAAGAUCAUAGAGAUAGCGUUAAUGUGCACUCAGUCACAGGUUUCUGCAAGGCCGGCAAUGUCUGAAGUGGUUACGCUUUUAAGUGACAAAUCUGUAGAUGAAAUACCACCAGUAAGAUCUACGUUUCACGAAGAUGAUAUAAAGAUUCCAAUUGAUACCUCGAUAUCAUUGUCCUCUAAUGCCACUGCCUCCACUGUUCAAGUUUCUGGCCGUUAAAACCUCAUUUUAUACACCAUUACUGGUUUUAAAUUGUAUAAAUAUAUAUAAUAAUAUAAGGGUUAUAAAAUCACUUGACUCUUAUUUUAUGUA